UUGUUACAACCUAAAAAUACACUCUGAUUUUCCUUAUGCUUGUUAAGAUAUUAUAACUAAUAAAGGAAAUUGUACUUGCCACACAGCAAGUGCAAAUCUAUUAAAUAGCCAUAGGAAUACAAGACUCUUUAGGUUAAAGUAAGAGCAAUUUGUAUUUGAACACAGGACCUCCACCAUAUUGACUCUUCCUAAGCAGAAGCUGGUCCCACAAGAAUGCUAACUGUCGGCAGACUGAAGAGGCUUGCCAACGAAGCCAAAGACAAGAAAAAAACAAAAGCCUUGGAGCAGCCCACCUCACCAGUGCAAGAAGAGCCAGAGCCUGUAAGUUGUGUGCUACAAGGAUAUGACAUCCAAGCUCUAGCCAUAAAAUUGGAAGAUCUGGCAAAGCUCCAAACUGCACAAGUUCCUCAAGAAAGGAAAGAGAAGCCUGCUGUAACCAAGAAGUACCUCAUUCGCCGAUCUAAGCCUCAGGAAGCUGGGAAGAAAACACAUUUCCUGGUUGCUUAUCCAGCUGUCCCAGAUGAAUCCAAGAAAACACUGAAUUAUUCUGGUAUCGAAGGGCCAGUAGUUGAUAACUAUGGCUAUAUCCUCCCCCACAGCAUCUUAGGAACUCUCCAGGAAUUCAAGGAAGAAGCCUUAAGAAGAGGACAUAGAGAGGUCGUAAAACUUAUUCCUGAUGAAGCCCAGCUGUCUUGUGGAAUCCCAGUUUUUGGGAAGUUCAGAAAAAUACAUGUGGAAGAAGAGAAGCCCACCCAGACACCUUCGUCCCAACACUUGGCCCUUCAGAACUGGCAUCGCAACAUGGCCAUUAGGAGGCGGCAGCAGCAGAAGCUGUGUGAAUACCUUGAGAAAUCAGAAAGUGACUUGGUGAUGAACUCUUCAGAGAAUUAUAGGAAAAUACAGGAAGAGCGUACUCUGAUUGACCGCGGUCUUCGUGCUUUGUACCCUGGAAAGGGCCAGCAUGCGGGAAGUGAAUUCUGGAGCCAGCCUGUGUAUAUUGGAGAUGAGCUUACUGGUCUUGCCGUGACUCUGGGUCAGACUGAACGUGGCUUCCCAGAAGAAGUCACUCACGUGGGGAGACCUCGCAGCAUCUGGAUGGAAAUGGGUACUAGGCCUCCAAGACACCGCACUUUCCAUCUUCACUGGGAGGACAGUCUUUUCCUAAAACAUAGACGGAAUGAAUUAAAGGAGAUCCUAGAAAAGCUGGAUUUUUACAACCCGGACUUGGAUGGUUUGGAAGUUGUAGGGAGGAAUCAGCCUUUCACCAAUGUGUCAGCAGAACGUUUUUCACCCUGUGAUGAAGAUAAAGAAAGUGCUCAAGAAGAAAAAAGCCAGGACCCAUUAGAAGAAUAUCCAGAUGUGUUUUCAGAACCAAUAUUAGGUCCCUCUCUGAAAUUCUGUGGACAACCAGCUCGCUGGAUCGAGACCACUUCUCCUAAGGAUGAAAUUGGCAUUGCUGCCCGUGUCACCUUUGAGAUUUUGGUAGGUGAGAAGGCAGAAUCUCGCCUCACAGUGAGCAAUGAUGGCACAACUGCCAUCUGGUAUGAUUGGCGAAGGUUGCCUCAUCCAUUUACUUUUCAAGAGAAAAGGAAGAAAAAGACACCGAAUUUUUACUUCAACACCAGGUCAGGGGUAAUAUUGCCUGGAGAAACCAGGAAGUUUUCUUUCAUCUUCAAAUCCAUGAAUGCGGGAAUCUUCAGUGAAUCCUGGGAGUUUGGUACUCAUCCUAUACUUUUAGGUGGAGCCUUGCUACAAGUAACCCUAUGGGGAAUUGCCAUAUAUGAAGAUAUAUCAUCUGAGAUGAGGCGUGAAUUAGAGAGCAAUCUGGAAACCCAGGAGGUUGCUGUUAUAGUCGAAGAGAACUUGAAGGAAUUGCUUGACCGAAUUCGUACGCCAGAGCGAGUACGAUCUCCUCUAGAUGCAUAUGUCACAGAAGAAGAGUUGUUCCAUAGAAAAAACCCUGAGCUACACUAUAAACACCAAGUGGUAAAGGAACUUCAUGAUCUUUGGAAUAAACUCAUGAAUCCCCCCCAAGUUAUAGAGGUAUAUUCAUACGAAGGUCAUCGGAAAAGCAUUGCCAGUGAAUCAUCCCCACCAAAGAGUGGCACAAGCUCACGGCAGAAGAGUCCUGAUGACGCAAUAUGCCGCAAAAGUGUCUCCCCAGCUGUUUCAGGAGUAAAGAAGUCUGUCCUAGAGGUAGUGGUAGGCCAGCUGGAUGGAACUGCUGUGGAGGAAAUGAACCACGUGGAGGAAGUCAGUCGGGUGGAGUGGAAUCUUUCCAUCGCAGAUUUUAAACAGACCUUGCUGACAGUUCCUGAUGAAGAUGAACGAGAAACUGCCCUAGCCCAUCUCAACAGAGCAACCCUGGAGCUUUGUACGAUCCCACUGAAGACUCAGGAAGACCUCAUGUAUCACAUAUGUUUCCAGUUGUGGCGUGAAGUAAUUGAUGGUCUGGUGAAACAAUCUCUGUUGCUCAGGUCCUUGCUUGGUAUGCCCGAGAAGGAUACAUAUGCAGAAGUUAUCCCAGAAGAACCAGUUGAGGUAAAGCCAGUUGUUGUAAAGACCGGAAAGGAGGACCGGAAAGUUCAGAAAGAGGAUAAGAAGGCUGCUGCAAAAGAAAAAGACAAAGGAAAGGCAUUGAAAGAGCAGGAUCGCACAAAUAGCAAGAAAGGCAAAUGGAAAGAAGAGAAGAAGUCACGAAUUUCUACAAAGGAAGCAAAGGAAGCUAUUUCUUUUGUAGUGGAUUCUGCAGAAACAGAACUCCAAGGACUUCGCCAAGAACAUGUAGAUCCAGUUGUGCAGGAAAAGUAUCACGAGAAACUUUAUGUUGAUGUUUAUGGAUUGCUGGAUUCCAUGGUGAGCAAAAUGCUUUUCCUCUUUGAGGAGCUGAAGAAGGAUUCCUUGGAGAAGAGGACUAAAGCGCCCUUUGUUUAAAUGGU